AAUUUUACAAUUUGUAAACAAACCAAGAAUAAAUAUCAGCACAAUGUCGAUAUGCUGCAGAACUUGCGCAGAACCGAUUUUUCACUUGAAUCCCAGGAAUCUUUUUAAAGAAGAAAAUGAAGAUAUUCGGCAAAACAUUCAAGCAAUUACUGGGAUUAGGCUGUCCUAUGAUCCUUUAAUGCCUACCCAUAUAUGUUCCUGUUGUUAUUUGGACUUAGAUCACGCAAUCGCCUUUCGGGAACGAUGUUUGGAAGCUAACAAACAGCUAAUAAGCGUGAAGCAAGACGAAAUGGAAGCUAGCAAAAAUGUUCCAGUUGACUCUCAGCAUAUUGAUCCAUUGGAUAACCGCGCAAAAGGUGCGAUUAAAUUAAAAAAUAGACUUGUAAACAGUUCAGGAUAUAAGGAAGAAUUGUCAAGAAAUGAAUGCAAACAGAACAACGAAGAAGGACGAAGAGUUCUAAGCCCACGCCAUGGUUCGCCUCGAGUGCGACUCAUGCGUUGUCGAAAUCCAAAUAACGGACGUCAGAUAAUAAAUCGUUCCACCAUAUUGGUGAAGAACAGCUCCCCAAAAAUCGCCUUACAAUCUAUUGCAACGCCACAUACAUCAUCUGAUGAUUUGACACAUGCGGUAGUUAGGCCAACUGCGUCCAUUGCACAUAGCCCGACAAAAAGAUUCAGAUCAGGCCAAGUUAAAAAAUAUCCACUAGCGUCGCGGAAUGAUAAAGCAACAAAGGUUAGGGGAAAAAAGCCAAAAGUAAUGUCGCUCGAGAAGAAAUAUGUGUGUGAGCACUGCGGGUGGUCCUUCCGCGAUUUGAGUAACAUGAAGGACCAUGCACUGCGACACUCUGGAGUUAAAAAGUUUCAGUGUGAAGAAUGCUGCCAUAAGUUUUUUACCCGUCCCCUAUUAAUGCUUCAUAUACGUGUGCAUCACAAGGGUGAAAAGCCAUUUGUAUGCAAAUAUUGCGGAAUGGCUUUCCGCAACAGUCCCAGUCGUUGCCGACAUGAACGAAAAUAUCAUCCAAACGAAUUGCCUUUCGAAUGUGACAUUUGCGACAGUACUUUCAUAAGCAAAAUUAGUCUGGAUAAGCACAAGGAAGUGCAUGUCAAGGGAGAAACCACUCAUCGAUGUGAAACAUGCAACAAGAAUUUUAAGGGAUCCACUUAUUUAAAAAAUCAUUAUCUUACAAAAUUGCAUCAAAGGCGAAUGGCUCAGUUUGGCAGAAGUGAUUCUUGUGAUGCUGAAAUGAGAGAAGUCAGCGAUGAAGAUAUAGGCUUUGACCUUCCCGAUUCUAUUAUUGAGGAAGUCGACGAACCUGACCUAAAGGUUGCAGAUGACAAUGAAGGGCAAACUUCAGGGACUAAAACACUAGGCAGCUCAAGCAAAUGUACAGAGAAUUACAAUAAUUCAAAGACCGAGAGCAAUGAAUUCAGUGACUUUGAAGAAACAGAAUUGUUUCAAGAAGUAGCGCCUAGUUCACCUGUUGUAUCCUCUGCCCUUCCAUCUCAGGCAGCACAGAAUAAGGAUAGGAUGGCUGCCAAAAGACAGUAUAGGAAGAAUAAAGACAGCAAUGUAAAACCACCGGCAAAUCCGAAAAUUUUCAUCUGUGACCUAUGCGGGCAUCAAUCUUCAAGUCCCAAAAACUUGGAUAUUCACAUACUGCGUCACAAGGGCGAAAAAAACUUUGAAUGUGCCGAAUGUGGCAUUAAGCACUACUCGAAAUAUCUAUUACAAUUACACAUUCGGGUGAAACACCAAGGCGAGAUGCCGUAUCUCUGCAAAUUUUGCGAUCAACGCUUCUAUUCCGCCAGCACGCGUCAACGCCACGAACAACAAGCGUCAAGCACCAACACAACAUCAAUUACUAAUUCGGCUCAUCAUCGACGCUCAGAAACAGAAUAUGAUAAGAGUAUUAAUUCUACUAGACUGCGCAAGGCAUCGGCAGUGGCGAACCGCGAUUGUAUUGAGAUGGACGAAACACGGCUAUCGGUAACAGAAGAUUCUGAUAGCGCCAUGUCGGAUAGGUCUAGAAAUCAAGUAAAGCGUAAUGUGAAGCAGCGGGGAGCUAGCAAGACCUACGUAUGCGAUCAAUGUGGAAGAUGCUUUACAGACGCCAGCAAUCUUAAAGUACAUAUCUUGAGGCAUACAGGCGUAAAGAACUUUGAAUGCCCAGAAUGUGACACAAAGUACUUUACACGACAUCUCUUGAAUUUGCAUAUACGCGUUAGACAUCAAGGAGAGAUGCCAUACGCAUGCAAAUAUUGUGACCAGCGCUUCUAUACAAGCACCACACGUUGUCGGCAUGAACGUGUAAAGCAUACGAGGAAAUUGGCAUAUACUUGCCGACUAUGCGGAAAAACAUAUAUGACAAAAUCAUGUUUAAAUAAACACGAGUUCCUUCACACAGGCGAGCGACCAUAUCGGUGUGAAAUAUGCAAUGUUGGUUUUCCUAGAAAAACUAAUUUGAAAAUUCAUUAUCGUUCAAAGCAACAUCAAACAAAUGCGGCAAAUGCGGUUCUAGAUGAUGCCAGCUCAGAUGGAGAAACUGAAACUGAUUCAAUUAGUAAAGACUUCGAUGUUUAA